AUGACGCGAAUGCACAUAUGGGCUCAGUUGUUGAUAUUGCUAUAUUCCCUAACACUAACAACAGCCGCGCAAGUAUCGGGAAUUUUCACCAGUUUCAACUCGCUUACUUGGAAAUCCGCAAGCAAUUACAGGAAUGCCGCACCAAACUACCCUACAUGGACGGCUGUUUUGGGGUGGUCUUUAGAUGGAGCCAAGGUGAAUCCGGGGGAUACUUUUACAUUGACAAUGCCCUGUGUUUUCAAAUUCAUUACGACACAAACUUCAGUUGAUUUGAGCGCCGAUGGAGUUUCAUACGCCACAUGUCAAUUGAAUCCAGGUGAGAUCCUCGUGACAUAUUCGACAUUAACAUGUACCGUCAAUUCUGCACUCAGAUCAAAUAUGGAAGCAACAGGAACAUUGUCACUUCCUUUGUCAUUCAAUGUUGGUGGAUCCGGAGGUAAUGCUGAUGUAGCUGAUGCAUCAUGCUUCAAAGUUGGGCAAAACACAGUUACGUUUACAGAUGGAUCGAAUUCGAUCUCCACGACUGCUAAUUUUAAACAAGGUGAUUACCAGUUAGGAACUUAUGAUAAAUUCAUAAAUUACAGACUUAUACCCUCAUUGAAUGAGGCCCAGCAUUAUAUGGUCAGUGGACCUUGUGCUAAAGGGUACGUUUCGGGAACCAUUGGGCUUGCAACAUCUGAUAGUGGACUGAUUGAUUGUUCCAAUUGGCAUGUUGGUUACUCCAAUGAUUUCAAUGAAUGGGCGUUUCCAAAAAGUUUUUCUUCGGAUUAUACUGUUACAAGUCUGUGUCUGAGUUCGCAAUUACUUGUCAGUUUUAAAAACGUUCCCGCUGGUUACAGACCAUUUAUUGAUGCAUUGUUUCGAGUUCCUAAUGGUGCAGGAGUUAAAGUCACCUAUAUCAAUACAGCGUCGUGUGUUGCGGAUACUAAGCAACAAAACUGGGGUGAAGAAGGAUACGGGUGGGGAUCGUAUCAAAAUGGCGAGGCGGGCGCCAACGGGAUUAUUGUUGUACUCACGACUUCAACAAUUCUUGGAUCCACCACAGGAAUAACUACAUUACCGUUCUCGUCAGGUGUGGAUAAAACCAAGACAAUCGAAAUUAUACAACCAAUUCCCACAACAACCGUAACCACUUCUCACUACGGGGUCUCAACAUCAUUGAUUACUUUUACCAAUUCUAUUGGAGGUACAGCCACUGUCAUUGUAGAUAAGCCAUACCACUCGACAACAACCUUGACAACAUUUUGGACGGGAACUAGAACCGCCACUUCCACUAUCACAAAUCCCACAAGUGCCAUGGAUACAGUCAUAGUCAAUGUUCCCAAGAAUCCAACAGUUACCACCACCGCAUUUUGGACUGGAUCGAUUGUGUCAACAACAACAAAGACAAACGGGUUUGGUGGCACUGAUACUGUCAUUGUUGAAUAUCCAUCAAAUCCAACAGUCACUACCUCAGUUUUUUGGACCGGAACAGGUGUCUCAACGACAACAAAAACAAAUGUCGCAGGUGGGACCAAUACAGUCAUUGUUGAGUAUCCAACCAAUCCUACUGUUACGAGAACCACAUUUUGGACGGGAUCAUCUCUAACUACAGUUACAGCUACAAACCAGCCAGGCGGAACUGAUUCCGUCAUUGUUGAGUACCCAUCCAAUCCUACUACCACACUCACGACUUUCUGGACCGGAAGUGAGACUACUACAGUUACAGCUACAAACCAGCCAGGCGGAACCGAUUCCGUCAUCGUUGAAUACCCAUCAAAUCCUACUACCACACUCACGACUUUCUGGACUGGCAGUGAGACUACUACAGUUACAGCUACAAACCAGCCAGGCGGAACCGAUUCCGUCAUUGUUGAGUACCCAUCCAAUCCUACUACCACACUCACGACUUUCUGGACCGGAAGUGAGACUACUACAGUUACAGCUACAAACCAGCCAGGCGGAACCGAUUCCGUCAUUGUUGAGUACCCAUCCAAUCCUACUACCACACUCACGACUUUCUGGACCGGAAGUGAGACUACUACAGUUACAGCUACAAACCAGCCAGGCGGAACCGAUUCCGUCAUUGUUGAGUACCCAUCCAAUCCUACUACCACACUCACGACUUUCUGGACUGGCAGUGAGACUACUACAGUUACAGCUACAAACCAGCCAGGCGGAACCGAUUCCGUCAUUGUUGAGUACCCAUCCAAUCCUACUACCACACUCACGACUUUCUGGACCGGAAGUGAGACUACUACAGUUACAGCUACAAACCAGCCAGGCGGAACCGAUUCCGUCAUUGUUGAGUACCCAUCCAAUCCUACUACAACGGUGACUCAAUUCUGGACUGGCAGUGAAACGACCACUGUAACUGCAGCCAACCAGCCAGGCGGAACCGAUUCUGUCAUUGUUGAGUACCCAUCCAAUCCUACUACCACACUCACGACUUUCUGGACUGGCAGUGAGACUACUACAGUUACAGCUACAAACCAGCCAGGCGGAACCGAUUCCGUCAUUGUUGAGUACCCAUCCAAUCCUACUACCACACUCACGACUUUCUGGACCGGAAGUGAGACUACUACAGUUACAGCUACAAACCAGCCAGGCGGAACCGAUUCCGUCAUUGUUGAGUACCCAUCCAAUCCUACUACCACACUCACGACUUUCUGGACCGGAAGUGAGACUACUACAGUUACAGCUACAAACCAGCCAGGCGGAACUGAUUCCGUCAUUGUUGAGUACCCAUCCAAUCCUACUACCACACUCACGACUUUCUGGACCGGAAGUGAGACUACUACAGUUACAGCUACAAACCAGCCAGGCGGAACUGAUUCCGUCAUUGUUGAGUACCCAUCCAAUCCUACUACCACACUCACGACUUUCUGGACCGGAAGUGAGACUACUACAGUUACAGCUACAAACCAGCCAGGCGGAACCGAUUCCGUCAUUGUUGAGUACCCAUCCAAUCCUACUACAACGGUGACUCAAUUCUGGACUGGCAGUGAAACGACCACUGUAACUGCAGCCAACCAGCCAGGCGGAACCGAUUCUGUCAUUGUUGAGUACCCAUCCAAUCCUACUACCACACUCACGACUUUCUGGACCGGAAGUGAGACUACUACAGUUACAGCUACAAACCAGCCAGGCGGAACCGAUUCCGUCAUUGUUGAGUACCCAUCAAAUCCUACGGUCACGACAACUAUAUUUUGGACGGGAAGUGACACAACUGUUUCAAGAGUGUUCAAUCUGCCAGGAGGAACCGAUCUGAUUGAAGUACUCUAUCCUUCAAAUCCUACUGUCACUACGACAGAGUUUUGGACUGGUGAUGAGAAAACCACAUCAACAGAGACUCAUUCGCCAGGGGGAACCGAUAUCGUUCAUGUAUUUGAUACAGAAAAUCCAACGGUUACUACUACAAAGUUCUGGACAGGAAGCUUCCCAUCAACAACCACACAAACCAAUGCACCGGGUGGAACUGACACAGUCGAAAUAUUUGAUACAGCCAAUCCAACUGUCGUUGUUACUACGUUCUGGACUGGGGAAGGUGUGACAACAACAACAGAAACGAACGAGCCAGGUAAAACGGAUACCAUUUACAUAUACGAGCCACAUAACCCAACAGUCACAACUACGGAGUUCUGGAUUGGCACUGAUGCUACAACUUCAACCGAAAUAAAUGGACCGGGAAGUACUGAUGUUGUACACGUCUUAGAUCCUUUCAACCCAACAAUCACCACCACUGAGUUCUGGACAGGAUCAGAGCCAACCACAUCUACUGAGACGUUUGGACCAGGAAGUACUGAUGUUGUACAUGUCUUAGAUCCAGCUAACCCUACAAUCACCACCACUGAGUUCUGGACAGGAUCAGAGCCAACCACAUCCACUGAGACGUUUGGACCAGGAAGUACUGAUGUUGUACACGUCUUAGAUCCGGCUAACCCUACAAUCACCACCACUGAGUUCUGGACAGGAUCAGAGCCAACCACAUCCACUGAGACGUUUGGACCAGGAAGUACUGAUGUUGUACACGUCUUAGAUCCGGCUAAUCCGACUGUGACUACAACUGAGUUCUGGACAGGAUCAGAGCCAACCACAUCUACUGAGACGUUUGGACCAGGAAGUACUGAUGUUGUACACGUCUUAGAUCCGGCUAAUCCGACUGUGACUACAACUGAGUUCUGGACAGGAUCAGAGCCAACCACAUCUACUGAGACGUUUGGACCAGGAAGUACUGAUGUUGUACACGUCUUAGAUCCGGCUAAUCCGACUGUGACUACAACUGAGUUCUGGACAGGAUCAGAGCCAAUCACAUCUACUGAGACGUUUGGACCAGGAAGUACUGAUGUUGUACAUGUCUUAGAUCCAGCUAACCCAACAAUCACCACCACUGAGUUCUGGACAGGAUCAGAGCCAACCACAUCUACUGAGACGUUUGGACCAGGAAGUACUGAUGUUGUACACGUCUUAGAUCCAGCUAACCCUACAAUCACCACCACUGAGUUCUGGACAGGAUCAGAGCCAACCACAUCCACUGAGACGUUUGGACCAGGAAGUACUGAUGUUGUACACGUCUUAGAUCCGGCUAACCCAACAAUCACCACCACUGAGUUCUGGACAGGAUCAGAGCCAACCACAUCUACUGAGACGUUUGGACCAGGAAGUACUGAUGUUGUACACGUCUUAGAUCCAGCUAACCCAACAAUCACCACCACUGAGUUCUGGACAGGAUCAGAGCCAACCACAUCUACUGAGACGUUUGGACCAGGAAGUACUGAUGUUGUACACGUCUUAGAUCCGGCUAAUCCGACUGUGACUACAACUGAGUUCUGGACAGGAUCAGAGCCAACCACAUCUACUGAGACGUUUGGACCAGGAAGUACUGAUGUUGUACACGUCUUAGAUCCAGCUAACCCAACAAUCACCACCACUGAGUUCUGGACAGGAUCAGAGCCAACCACAUCUACUGAGACGUUUGGACCAGGAAGUACUGAUGUUGUACACGUCUUAGAUCCGGCUAAUCCGACUGUGACUACAACUAAAUUUUGGACGAUGUCUUAUGCAACUACGUCGACAAUUACUAAUGAGCCAGGACAAACAGACUACGUCGUAAUUCUUGACCCAAAUAAUCCAACUACCACUGUGACAGAGACUUGGACAGGAAGUUACACUACUACGUUGACAAGCUACAAUUCACCCGGAGGAACAGACACCGUGAUUGUCGAAGUCCCAUCCUCAACCUCAAGCACAUUCAUUGUAACUGAUCCCUCCAUCUCAUCAACAAGUUUGAGCACGGCAGAAACUAAAUCCAGUGAAGUUGAUCAAUCAUCAACCCAAUCCGAGGAGAGCGAGCCUUCAAGUUUGGGUACAUCUUCAAUUGAGUCGGAAACUUCCUUCUCAGAGAUCUCGUCCACUAUGGAUCCACUGAGUUAUGCAAGUUCAAUCGACUCCGAAUCAACUACAAUGGAGUUGCUGUCUGAAGCUUCUAGUCAUGCGCCAAGCUAUUCAUCUGAGUCUUCUACAUCUGGUGCUGAAAGCGAGUCCGCUCCACAAUCAUCCAAUGAAUCAACAGACUCAUCAGCGAAAGGAUCCACUGAUUUUUCAUCAAUAUCGAGUGAGCCACAAGAAUCUGAAUCCACUACAGAUACCUGGUCAAAUGGAGAGCAAUCAUCUACAGCGCAAAGCUCGUUGAGUGAGCUGGAGUCCAGCUCUUUCACUAGCGACACAAGCAAUGUCACUUCUAUCGAAAGUACUGAUGAUGACUACAGCUCAACUGUUGCUGGUGAACCAGGCUCUACAUCUCACGAUUUCAGCUCAAUGGUAAGCGACAGCAGUGAUGCAUCAUCAAGGUCCUAUACAUCAAGUGACAGUCAAAAUAGUUCACUGGAGUCAUCGUCUAGUGUAUUAGAUGUAUCAUCCACCGAUGAGCUGUCUGGCAACGAAUCAUCUAUGACUGUUUCCGAAGUAUCUUCCACAAAGGUGUCAAACAGUAUUGAUGACACGCCAUCAAGUGAAACUAGCACAUCGGAACCCUCUUCAAGUUCAGAUGCCAGUGCUAUAACGUCUUUCUCAACUUUGCAAUUGUCAUCCACUGUUUCCAGCUUCAUUUCGAGCCAAAGAUCUACUCAUGCGUCGUAUGGAAACUCGAGUAUUGAUACUACAACCGAUUCGUUUUCCGAACCGGCUCCACAGAGCUCUUCUAUCCCCGCGGAGAGUACCAUCGUUGGUAUGUCAACAGAUGCUACAAGUGCCACCAGUGAGCAUUUCACCACCACUACCAACACAUCUGAUCAAGGAGCUUUAACCUCCAAGAUGAAUAGUGAAACAAUCUCAUCUGACGCCUCAAGCGGUAACCUUGGUUCUCAGUCAGGAAUCAAUACAAAUGUGCAGCCAGACUCGAAUGUGGAAACCAAGCUGGUCACAUCUACCACAAGUAGCGCAGCUGUUAGCGUAAAAUCAAUAACAGAGCCUACAGGAAGUGAUCGGGCUCUCUCUAGCUUGGGAUCUCUUUCAGUGGAUACAUUACCUUCGAGUACACCUGGAGCUAAAAACACUGAUACCAAAAGCAACACCAACAGCAACACCAACAGCAACACCAACAGCAACACCAACAUUUCAUCCUCGAGCUCAACGCCAAACGAAGCAAGCACCAGCACCAGUCAACAAAAUGUUUCGAAUGAGCCAGAUGUGGAUGCAACGAGGAAUCCAACAAUAAGUCUCCCUAUAAGCUCAGCAGGUGAAACACCUACUCAUCAAACUACUUCUUCGCCAAACUCAAAUGGACAAUCGAUCUCAGAACCUAAGUCGACAACACCAGUUGGUGUUGUAUCCCCUCCUACUGGUGCCAAUACCGCUGUUACUUCUCAAUCUUUAAGUGGACCUGAUGCGGCGUCAAACACAGAAUCAAAAGCAUCGUCGGCCGAGCAAUCGUCAUCCAUAGAAAGGUCGGAACUGCCACAGCGCACCCACUCGUCCGCCGAAACUCUAGAUCAAUCACCCUCACCUACAGCCAAGCCUACUAGCUCAUGGUGGACAAUGUCACAGCAACAGCAGCAACAACAACAACAGUCGUCUUCACCUGAUUCAGCUUCUUCAUCAGAAACUUUAGGAUCACCAAUUAACACCUACGAGGGGUCAAGUUUGAAAGUUGUUCCAAGUUGGAUCUUGCCUCUCUUGGCCUUGACAUUCAUUUUUCCAUAA